AUAUUGUGGAGACAACCUUAUGUUUAUUAUGAAAACGAUGUUUGUACUAAAGUAAACAAUUUUUAAAUUUAUUAAAAAAGAUAACUAGGUAUAUUAUUAAAUAGAUGAAAAAGCUAACGAAAACGACAUUCUUAAUUAAUUUUCUUUCUUUAUUUCCCGGACUUUUGACUAAAUUCGUUAUUUUUAAUUCAUCAUCUGUCAUUAACCGAUAGAUUGGUUGAAAUAUGGGAGUUUUAGGAUUGUGGCGAUUGUUGGAUCCAGCAGGUAAACCAACAGCAGUUGAAACAUUAGAAGGAAAAGUUCUAGCAAUAGAUGUUUCAAUAUGGAUACAUCAAGUUUUGCAAGGUUAUAAGGAUGGAAAAGGCGAUUCUGUGCAGAAUGCCCAUCUCCUUGGACUUUUCAAUAGAAUAUGCAAACUUUUAUACUUCAAAAUAAAACCUGUCUUUGUAUUCGACGGGGGCGUUCCAGUUCUCAAAAAGAAUACAAUUGCUGCUCGCAGAAAACUAAAGUCAAUUGCAGGCAAUAAAGCAAAGAAUUUACAGCAGAAAUUGAUGAGUAAUUUGGUAAAACGUUUUGCUUUAAGUGAUGCGUCUGAUAAGAAAGCUGUACAAAAGCAAAGCACCUCGUCAGUAGAACCUGAAAGCACAGUUGCCAUUCCCUUUGAACUGAAUCCUUUAUACACGGAAACUGCACAACCAAGUACCAGUAAAAUUGAACUAAACGAUUAUGAUUUUGACAGUGAAUCUGACUUUGAUUCUUCUGAAGAGUCUAGUCCUACAAAACAAUCUAAAUGGAUCGGAAAUAUCCAUAGUGUGAAUAUUGAUACGGAGGAAUUUAAAAGUCUACCCGCAGAUGUGAGAUACGAUAUUCUUACUGAUUUAAAGGACACAAGGAAACAAAACUCUUGGGGUCGCAUUCACGAAAUGCCACCAGUGUUGAAUGAUUUUUCGACUUACCAGAUGAAUCGUUUAUUAAAACGUAGACACGUUCAAGAGUCUUUAGAGAAGGCAGAAAAGGAAAUAGGAGGAUCUAAAACUUUAACAUUGGAAGAAUUAGAUAAACUCUUAACUGAACAAGGAAUCGAAACAUCAGAUUAUGAUAACAAAGGAUUGAGAGUUGCCUCUGACAGUUCAUCUAGAGUUAUUUUUGUCAAUGAUAAAAAUAUAUAUCAACAGACUACUGAUAACAUUACUGGAAAUAUUUCUAUACACGAUGUUAAUGUGCAAGAGGAAAAUGCAUCUAAUUCUUCAGAAAAAAUGUCUUCUAGUCACGAUGAAUUUAAAGAAAUAUCUUCGCCUGAAAGCAAAUAUGAGAAUGAUGAAAGCGAUGAUUCGGAUUCAGAUGUUAGUAUAGGUUUAACAUUGAAUUCGAAAAAGAGUAGUCAAAGUAAUAAAGCAAUGGAAAAGGUUAAAAAGUACAUGUUAGAGUCUACUUGUUUAACUGAAGAAGAAUUUUUAAAUUUUAUUAAACAAAGCAGAAAGAAAAAUUCCAAGGCUAAGAAGAAGAAGAAAAAGUUUCCAUUGAAAUCCGUUAAGGAAAAAGUUAAAGCCAGUGUGAAUGAAGUUAAAAAUAUUGAACUUGAUAAUGUAAAUACAAAAAUAAAUCAACAAGAAACUAUUGAUGUUAGGGAAGAAAUUUUACCUGAUAGUGAGCACUUCUGCGAAGAGAAGGAAGAAAAUGUUUCUACUUCUAUUUCGAAUACUAUCGAAUUUUCGAAAGAAGUGACUGAGGAAAAAUCGAAAAGUUCGUUUGUACAAAAUCAGUCAGGGAGUAAUGAUUCUGAUAAUGAAUUUAUUACAGUAGAUUGUAAAAGGGAGUUAGAUAAAAAUAAUGUUAUUGAAAUUUCAAACGAGGCAAUUUUUAAAAAAGUGGUAAAAACAGAUGAAGGGGCAAAUGAUUCGAAUGUACAAGAAAUAUCCUCAGAGAAUAGUGAUUCUGACGAUUUUAUUGAAGUUGAUAAUUCGAUUUUCGAAACAAUUUCCACUUUUAAUGAAGUCAAAGACAAUUUUGAUAUAGUUGUUAAGCCUGUUCGCAACUUGGAAAAUGAUAUGUUUGCUGAUAUUUUUACGGAAGAAGCCAAAGAAUCGGAAAGUACCAGCUUAAAGAAAUUGGAAAAGUUAGAAAGUACAAUUAUGAGUGAAGAGAAAAACGAAGAUAUUUGUAGUGAUAAAAAAGGUGAAGGAAACAGUGAGAGCAAAAACAUUUCCUACCAUGCAGCGCCUCUAAAAGAAAAUGUAGAUACAGACGUUAGUUCUAAAAUACCUUUUGGAUCGUCAGAACGAAAUCCUUCUUUGGCUUUCGCUGAAGCAGAUAUUAGUGCAACGCUGGGAAUAUUGGACAACGAACGGAUGGAGUUGAGCGAAGAAAUAGGAAAAUUAGAAAGGCAGGCAGUAAACGUGACCGAACAAAUGUCCAUGGAAGCACAAGAAUUACUCCGACUUUUCGGAAUCCCUUACAUUGUUGCUCCAAUGGAAGCAGAAGCUCAGUGCGCUUUUCUGGAACAAAUAAACCUCACCGAUGGAACAAUAACAGACGAUUCGGAUAUUUGGCUUUUCGGAGCAAAGUGCGUUUACAAAAACUUUUUCAACAAUAACAAAACAGUUUUGCAGUUUCGAUCGUGCGAUAUUCAACACCACUUCAAGUUAGCCAGACAGCAAUUAAUUCAAAUUGCUCUAUUAGUCGGAAGCGAUUACACAUCAGGAUUGAAAGGCGUUGGACCCGUAACAGCCAUGGAAAUUCUCUCCACUUUCCCAGCCGAAGGAGAAAACUUACUUCAAGGACUAACUAAAUUUUCAGAUUGGUUCAAGUCUGGCAAAAUUUCAGAAUCAAGUCUUCGAAAUAAAUUAAAAAAUCUCCAAAUUUCCGAGGGAUUUCCAAGUCAAGCUGUCGUACAAGCAUAUCUUUUUCCAACUGUCGAUGAGUCCAAAGAGAACUUCACUUGGAGGAAGCCGAAUCUAAAUCUAUUGUUUGAUCACGCCCGACGGAAAUUUGGCUGGACGAAACUUAAAUUCGAGGAGAAAAUUAAUCCCAUAAUGAAGAAGUUGGCGGAAAAGAGGAGUCAAAAAGGAAUUGAUGCGUACUUCCAAAUGCGAACGACACCCAAGAACAUCAAACAAAAUUUAAGUAAACGACUUCAAUCAGCUGUUAGUAGAAUGGAAUUGGAAUCUGUAGAAGAAAAUGAGAGGAAAAAUUCUGAUGAAGCGGAUUCUUUACUUCUUGUUAAAGAAUUAGGAGAACAAGAGCGUCUUGAAAAUAUUUCUAAAAACAAGGGCAAUUCUUCAAAGCUAAAAAGUCCGGCUACCAAAGGCAAAAAAGCACAAUCAACCGAUGUGACUGUUGAUAAAAAACAUGAGGAGUACAUACCUCAGAGAGAAAGUUCGCGAAUUAAAGCAGAAAAGAAGAAACUCCACGCUAUAGAAGUAUUUAGUAAGUCAAAGAAAAAAUCUGCUGCUAAAAAGAAAAAUGUUAGACGUACUGGUAAAAUUCUCAAAAAUGCUGAUCUAUCAGAAAGUAGUAGUAGCUCAUAAUACAUUAAACAUGUUCUUUUUUUUAAACAAAUUUUUUCUCUUGAAAAUUUCGAAUCUUUAUCAAAAUUUCCUGAAAAAGCAAGCAGUUUUCUUCAAUUUAAAUGUAUUUGCAUUAAAAACUUGAAAGGAAGAAAACGUACAGUAUUUUAUAACAUUAGAUUUUAUUUGAAGAAAUUAAAAAGGUAAAUUUCCAACUAUUGAAUAGAUCAGCUAAAUAUGUAAUAUUUGUAGUUCUACAGUUAAGCUUUAAUAAAAGAAAAAAUUUCGAAGCAAUAGACAUUUAAACAGAGUUAGAGAAAUAUUUUUGCAUCAAAAUAAGCUAAGUUAUUUAUUAAAGAUUUAUUUUUAAAUAAUAUAUAUUAUUUUAAUUAUUUAUAAAUUACAUGUAUAUAAAGAAAUGAUAUUUAAAUA